AUGGCGGAGCUGGUGGAUGGUGGAUGUGAGGGUCCUUUCCAAUACCAGACCUUCAAGAAUGUGUAUGAAUUGAAGUUAUAUAUACAUAGUUUACAAUAUGUACGUGCCGAAUUCCGUAAAACUUACCUAUAGUCAUGCGGUGGGAAAUACAAAAUAGACAGGAUGGAGUAUUUUAGUCGCAGCACGAGGGAAUAUGAUAAAUUAAUGUACAAGGAAAUAAAAUAUACCUGCUGUGGCCCAAGCCCAAAGUACGUGCACUUGCUUGAAAGAUAUUUGCAGUGGUCCAUGCCCUUCUUUCAUAAUAGUUAAGGCGAUAGACGGUGAACUUCAAGUUGUGGACUGCUAUGCCAUUCACAACCACACAAAUCCAUCCAAAGAAAGGCUCCUCCCAACGGUGUCGUUCGUUGGGGGUAAUCCACCUACCCUAACUUCUUAUUCCUUAGAUGGCGUCAAAAGUCGUGAGCCUGACCCGGAGUUCUUAGCUGUCUUCCGUAACCUCUUCGAGGGUCGCGAAUUCCAUUCCUACGAUGAACUUCAGAAGAGUAUGGGCUUACUUUCGACGGUUGGCUUUUUUGCGCAACAUAUUACAUUUUUCAGAAAACCGGAGCGAGCUAUAUACGUCGCCACACUACAAAACUCCCACCCGAAGACGAGGGCAGUCGUCGAUGUGUGUACAAGCGCCUCCUUUACGAGUGCAAACAUGCUGGUACAUUCAGAAGUCGUGCCACUCAAGGCAUCUGCCGAAAGUAACUGCAAAUCUGCGCCUUUCACAAAUUUACAGGUCUAAGAUGAUGAACUGCCCUUCUAGGAUAAAUUUUCUGUACGAGGGCAAUGGUCUUCGUCUCGUGACUUUCAAUCUGACACAUAAUCAUCUUCUGACUCCUCAAGCGACACCUGUCAUUCCAAAAAAACGAAGUUGUGAGCAGUUCUCACCACUUCCUGCAGAUUCGUACUGUCAACCGUCAAAUAUUGCAAGCGGAAUAGAAAACGGUAGGUUGGUCGGUAUCACCCACAAAUUUCAGGCAACUCCUUCCCGCGACUAAGUGCUGUCUUCCGCGAUGACGAUAUUUCGCGGCCUGUUAGAACUGAAACUUUUUACACUGGAGACUAUUUCCCCAACGAUGCGGCCUUUUUGAAUAGACGCGACGACUUAACUGCGCUGGGUCCAGUGAGUUGGCCGCCCUCCGCAAGUCCUCAUAACAAUAUGUCGGAAUCAGUCAAGCGUUCGAAUGUUAUGAAUUUAGUUGAUCAACUAUGGGAUGUUGCCUCGACGAGGUAUUAUCUCUUGCUUGUUUAAAAAAGGGCUCAUUUAGCGAACCGGCUGACCUGGAGGAAGGGGCCAACAGACUGCGUGAACUUAUCGAUUGGUGGAAAAAAGACGGAAAUUGA